GUGACGACUAAGAAGCGAGGCGGAGCUAUUGGAGGUAAUGGCGUCGCGAAGGCCUAUGCCUCCUCUACUAUUGAAGCCGCGGUGUCCGCGGGCUCAGCCCGCCUCUGCCCACCCCCGGGCCGGCCUGUGAUCGCCCUGCCGCCCGCUCCCAGCUCGCUGCCGGCCGGAGUGCGCCCGAAUCCGGACUCCAGGCUCAGGCCUCGGCCUCAGGUAAAGCGCGGGUCCGGGCCUGUCACUCACACUCACACUCCUAACAUUACCCUCUCCCACUCAGCCUGCAGCCCCGGGACACUCACAGAACCCACCGCCGGGAGUGUAUUUACUAAACUGCGAAUCCAAAUUCAGACCAAAAUAGCCGAAUUGGACAAAACUCUCCAAGUCAGGUUUAGUUUGAGAUCAGCUACUCUGGCCUUAAAUGUGAAACCCACUCUGAAUCCCCCUCCUUAGUAAGUAACCCUGAUAAUAGCAGCACAUUGGUCAUCUUAGAAUGUUGGCAUUAGGAGUUAAGUUCGAUACAAUUCAGAGUUUAGCGAAUAAUUCAGAGUUUAGCGAAUAAUUCAGAGUUUAGCGAAUAAUUCAGAGUUUAGCGAACAAUUCAGAGUUUAGCGAAUAAAUCCCUUGGUUAUUAGUGUGUGUAUAUAUAUAUAUAUAUAUAUGUGUGUGUAAAUAUAUUAAAAAUGAAAGCGAGUAGGACCUGCCAAAGAUGGGGUACAUUGAUGUUGUGGCAGGCUUAUGCAAUGUAUGAUCAUAUAGGUGUUUUUAAUAAAACUAGCAAAAUCUGUCAGCUCCAAAGUAGCUGUUUAGUAGAUAAGGGAGUGCGCUGGAUUUUCAUUUUUACUGUACUUAUUGGCCCCCAGCAGCACCCCAUUUAAGCAUGUUCAGGUGAGUGCAGCCUGCCCCUUGUUUAUAUAUAUAUAUAUAUAUUAGUUUACCAUACCGAUAAUUAGGUUGUAAAUAACCGUCCUGGUUCUCUUUAUUUCAAAGCUGUGAACUAAAGCCUGUUCUAUACUCUGUCCUGUUAUUUAUUGCACGUUUACGUUAAACUAGUUGCUUCAUCAUUUUAUUAGUACCCCACACCAUUUCUUUGUAAAUACUUCUUUGCCAUUUGGUUUAUGCUUGGUAAUCACAGUAUAUGUGAGUAAUCUAUGCUGGUUUCUAAUGUUAGCUAAUCAAAUGAGAAAUGAUCCAUUAUUGACCCUAGUGAUGACAUAUAACUCAUUUCAUGUCCAACAAAAUGCAGCUUCUGUUGUGUUUUCUUUGUUUUUGUUUUUUAUAAUUCUUUAUUUUUUUGUGCAAAGAAAAGAAAAAUCACAAUUUGGCUUGCACUACUACAACAGCAGUGUGAGCCCAUAACUGUUAUACAUUUGAGAACAUAAACAUAGCAGGUGAGGAAUGUUACACAUUUUUAAAUUAUAACAAUAGCAAGGCAGCUGAGCGUACAUAGACAUCAACGUAAGCGGUGACAUUGGAUACCUGAGGUGUUUUAGUGCUUUAGGCACUAAAUUGUUUACUUAUUGUUUAAGUAAAAAUUAAUCACAGAUCUAGUUUUGGUUUUCAUGUUGUCAGACAGUGGGUCCUAGGCUUUGUCUCCCCGGGCUAGUUUAGCUCAGGUAUUCCAUUGGGGCCCUAUGUGAUAUAUCGACAGCUGUAAUUUAUUUCCCGUAGGGUAUUUGGUGGUUCCCCUGUGGGGACUAGGGGUGUCGGGUGGAGACGGAAUGCUAAGGAGUCCCCUGUCUGUUAGAAAUUUUGCUCCCUACCAAACACUGGAGUAAAAGUUUGCAGAGUGGUUUUCUUGGGGGGGAGUGUGUGGUCUGUGUGGAGGUGCCUGGUAGGCAUUCAUUAGUGGGCCAUAAUUAUAAGCUGGGUCUGAGGAUCAUGAGCAGACUGGUACUCGAGUACGGCCAUGGUGGUGGGAUAGCUAAUUGGCGGUAACAAGGAGGCCGUUACUGCUAAAACAAUGCGAAACAGUGGUAAUGAUAAACUUAAUAAACACAAAGUAAUAAAACAGUGAUGCGGAGGAAUGAGAAGACAAAGACAUCUGAGAAACCUGGCAAGCAAAAAUCAGUCCUGCACAGUGGUUGGAUAUGUAAUCCUCUAUGCAGACAGAUUGUCUCUGGCUCGGUCAUUUUGUUGGCGCUCAGGUCGGCAUCGUGUUCUGGGUCGUUCUCGGAGUAAAGUUAGCUAUAUUUGCAGGGUUGAUGUGGAGCAGAGUCCCGCCUGCCCCGUUCUGGGGGGAUGUAAGGCUGAGUGAUUGCAGGUGUGUUUCCAAUUCUUGUAGGCUCCGUGCUUUGUAGGUAUUCCCUUCAUAUGUGAAGAGUAGUGCUCAUGGGGUUUCUUUGUUUUUUUUUUUAAUACAGUUUUUACCCUCUUAUAAUUGAAUUCUCUUCCACGUUACAAAACUUUAGACCCAAAAGACUGAGUUGGAGAAUGCUGUAACAAUGUGAUCUAUACAUUUUGAUUGAUAUUGUAUUUGGUAACUCUUGUUUCUAUCUCCACAGAUCAUAUAUUAAAGACAACAGUAUUUACUGGGCUGAACGGGCAUCAUAAAUGGAUCUCUUUGUUAUUUAAGAAGGACACUCCUGCUUGGAUUACUAUAUCUAUGGUGUUCUUGUUUGUAGCUGGUCUUUAAGAAACUGAGGAUUUUUCACAUAAACAUUCUCUGUGCAGUAUCAGUUUUACCUGCUAUAAGAUGGCAUCGGUGCCUGUGUACUGCUUGUGCCGCCUGCCUUAUGAUGUGACCCGUUUUAUGAUUGAAUGUGAUGUCUGCCAGGACUGGUUUCAUGGCAGGUAAGUCUGCUAGCUGGGUAACCGCAUUCAGGUAUUGCUUUUAUGUUGGACUUUACAUGUAUUUUCUGCAUUUUGUAAAAGGGGCAGAAAAACAUUGCAUUUCUAGUCAAUAGUUGUUUUUAAAGCUAUGAAAUACUAGCUCUGAAAUCUGCAGAAAAUAAAUAAAAUCCUUUAUCGUGGUUUAACUUUUUGUCUUCCAGUAGGAAGAAAGCAAUAAGAUAACCUUUACCUAGCCGUGCCUGUGUGCCUCUGUCAGUGUGUGUGUAGUUACAGGGACAGGCUAUAGGUACCAGAACAACUACAUUAAACUAUAGUGUCCCUUUAAAAAAAAAGCAACUGGCUCCUAACUUAUUUAGUUGGCUCCUAGAUUCCAAACAAAUUUAUCAAGCCCUGAUGUAGUCCCAAUGAUUGGUUUGUACAUCCUUGUUUUAUUUAACAUUUACAUCAUGCUGUAUGAUUGAUUUAUUGUUUUCUAAAUUAUUAUUUGUGGAUUAGGCACUCUUAAUUUAUUGUAUGAGUUAAUCCAUUCUCUUAUUUCAUCAUUUGUUGACAGCUGUGUUGGGGUGGAGGAGGAAAAAGCUUCAGAGAUUGACCUGUAUCAUUGUCCUAACUGUGAGAUCACUCAUGGGCCGUCUGUUAGUAAGUAAAUACUUUGCAAAGAUAUGAGAAAUUAGUCUUAUGUCACCUGGAGCUAUUUGGAAGAUCUAUGUACAUUUUGUCUUCUUUACAAUUGUGAAUUGUAACGUGUACUAUUGUGGCUUUGGUGCAAGGAGAUAUGGCUGCCUUCAGAGUUGUCUACCUUCAGGCAACCAUAAUACACUUUAAUUUGGCUAGCCCAAUAGAUAUUGCCUAUUGUUUUUGUACAGGUAAUAUGGAGGUGAUAUGUCCACGUUAUCUCAGUGUAAUUCAUAGACACCCAGACCACUUCCACUCAUUGAAGUGGUCUAGGUGCAGUCUCCCAGGUCCCUUAACACUGCAAAGGUAUUUAUUGCGGUUUUUAAAAAAACUGCAAUAAUUACCUUUUUGGGUUAAGUCCACAACUUGUGUAUGUCUAUUGGUAGGCACUAUAGGGAGUUAUAGUGUCAGCAAAACAACUUUGUUAAAUGUCGAGUAACCAACCUAUGGAAUUUAAUUCUAAUAAUAUUAAUUAAAAACUGCAUGUAGAAUACCCCUUAACUAUAAAAUGCUCUUUAGUUAAAAAAAAACAUGUUUACUUACCGUAGAUUUAUUUUUCCAGAAGAUUAGAGGCAGUGCUUUACAACUGGGAUUUCAUCACCAUGAGGGAAAAAACAGGCAGGGAACCUCCCCCAAUUAACCUUUGGCCUUAUAAAUUGCUUCCUACCCAAGACAUCCCAAGAAAUUACAAAAGCUGAAUAACCGUACCACUCAGACUAUGAACAAAUUUUUUGGGGGGAAGUGAACACUGCCUCUAAUCUUCUGGAAAAGGAAGAAAUCUAGAAAUUCUAGCGGAUGUAUAGCAGAAGUCCUCAGGCACCCGAUCUGAACAUAACUGUGAUCGAAGGAGCUUCAAAUGGAGAUAGGAGUUAGAUAAGAAAAAACCCAAAUGAAUGCAGACCUUUAAGGUAACGUAGACUAGAACUAAACGCCCAGGCAGUGGAAUUAGAAUUCCAAGACCCUAGAACGCUGUUGGGAAAAGUUAGAAAAAUGAUGGAAGAUUGGGAAGACUUCAAGAAUCCAACUUAACUCCACUUUCUCCUGCUGAAAAUGGAAACUUAUAGUUCUUCCCAUAAUUAUUUUGGGCGACUACCCCCAAAGACCUAGAGUGAAGCCUCAAAUCAGCAGAGUAAAAAACCCCAAAAGAAGAUCCCCUGAAGAUAGGAACUAACCACGAGAGAGCCUAGCAGAUACUGGUAAUUUGGAGACAAACCUCUGAAAAUCAACUGAUAACCGAAAUUUGAUCUUGAGGAUCUCUGGCUUUAAACCAUCCAAAGGAAAAAAAAAAAGGUUAAAAACUUGGAAGCGGAUGCCUGCUUUUCUUUGAACCAAUAUCUUAAAAAACACCUUCCAUACUAGAAAUAAAUCUUGGAACAAGAUCCAUUUAUAGUAAAAUACAUUGUCAAUAAUUUCCUGAGACAAAACAUUAUCCUUCAGUAUCUGGUAUACAUAACCAGGUCAUCAGCUUGAAUUACUACAAAUUUGAGAAGCGGUACCCUUGAGAAUUCCAGGAUGCCUAUUUACAGGUCAGAUCCCCAAAGAUUCCUCCGGAUAAUUUUAGAUGAAUGGUGACACAGCUACUUGCCACAAAGGGAGGAAGACUAUCCCUCUCACCUUUUCCAUCCUAUAGGAUCUUGGGGAAUAGGGAGCCAGGAGGAAACUAUAGGUUAGACUGGAAUUCCCAAGAAAGAAAAGGAAACCAAAGCUUACUGGUCUGUCCAAGCUUGUCCACUGAAACACUUCAUGCUAUCUGUUUGAUCUAGAAGUCCCAGUUCCAUAAGUGGAUAAUCAAAUUCUUCCUAUCGUUUGGGUGAAGAUCAGGGAGUAUGAACCAAUCUGCUUUGUAGUAAACGUUGACUACUCAAUGCUACAGCUAAACAGAGGAAUAUUAAGUUCUAUGCAUAAGUAAAUAGACCUAAGAAAACGAACCCAAGCAUAUCCUGGAACAAGAUUUUUCAAACAAGACGACGACCUUGUUUGUACAUAAUUGCUACCAAUGUAGAACUAUCCGACCAGAUCUGGACAGGAUAAUACCAGGUCUUUAUCUGAAAGGCAAAGAGAGCUAGCCAGAUAGCCUUCGGUCCUAUGUAGUUGGAUACGUUUGUUUUGUUUUUUUUUUCCAAAUAUCUCUGCUAAUUUCCCUUCAACCCUAUGAGAACCUAGCUGAGACCUGAAGCAUCAGUUGUAAAACUCUGAACGAACGAUUUUGAGAACUAGAACAAAAAGUAAGAACCGUCUGGCAUCCUUCAUUUCUGCCUGGUUCAGAAAGGACUGACCGAAGUAUAGGAUUUUACUGCAAAAUCUAAUAAGCAACUGUAUCGGUCCACUGAAGGACCUGUAAGCAAUGCUAUGCCUAAAGAAGCUGAAGAGACCAAGCAGGUUCUUACAAGAUGGGAACCAAUAUUAUUUCCCUAGUAUCUGGUCUACUGAAGUAGAAGAGAGAUUUCAGGUGAUAAGGACAGAGAGAACCACAGGUUUUUUUUCUUUAAGGAAUUACUAUUCUCUGAGAGUCAAAAAUAUUUACACCCGAACUGUUCCUUGACAAAAACCAGAACUGCACACUUCUUGUAAAGGGAAUUCUUUAUCAGAAGAUUGAUUAGCAUCCACCUGUAUACUGUAGAAAAAAACACCCUAACUUUUAUGGGCUGGUGUACAAAAAUUAAUUAGGUGCCCCUGAGGAAGCAGUAUUGUAGAGACUCAACAAAUUUAUGGAUGGCAACGUUUUGCAUAGUGAGAGAAUCUCAAGUGGCAAUUGCCAUAAGCUCUUCUUAAAUGAAAACGGCAAACAAACCUAGGCAGUAAACCAUCCCUGUCAUACCGUAUCUAUGGCAGUGCAGGGUACAAAUUGAACUUGGUGGAACUACACCUUGAUCAAUAGGCCUGCAGCUGUACUAGAACUUGCUGCAAGCCCAGUAACAUGAGGAAGAAAUAAUUUUACAUGGAGACUAGUUCAUACAAGUUACCAUCUUGAUUGGCCGAAGCAAGACUGAUGAUAUAGAUAUACAGUCUGCAUAAGACAAUACCCAUGAUCCAGGCCUUCCUUAAAGGACCACUAUAGUGCCAGGAAAACACUUGUUUUCCUGGCACUAUAGUGCCCUGAGGGUGCCCCCACACUCAGGGUCCCCCUCCCGCCCGGCUCUGGAAAGCGCUGGGCGGGGUGCUCUCUGCCUCCGAUCCUCCUCCAUUCCUCCCCGACGGCUGAAUGCGCACGCGCGGCAAGAGCUGCGCGCGCAUUCAGCCGGUCGCAUAGGAAAGCAUUAUCAAUGCUUUCCUAUGGACGCUUGCAUGCUCUCACUGUGAUUUUCACAGUGAAAAGCACGCAAGCACCUCUAGCGGCUGUCAAUGAGACAGCCGCUAGAGGCUUUGGGGGAAGGCUUAACCCAUUUAUUUCUCUGAAACUGCUAUGUUUAUAAAAAAAAAAAAUGGGUUAACCCUAGCUGGACCUGGCACCCAGACCACUUCAUUAAGCUGAAGUGGUCUGGGUGCCUAGAGUGGUCCUUUAACCGUUAUUGGGAAGCAGAGGCUAGAGCAGACAGAAUAGCUGCAACUGCAUUUCAAAACCUGUUUGAUGCAGACUCUGCAGGAACCAAUUUCUUUAAAAAUGACAUUCCAACAGUCAAUUAGCUCAAACCUGUCUUUGUAAUUGACAACAUAUGACUUGGAAUUUAAGACAAAACAUAAAAUGUGCAACCAUGGAGUGAAGCACAGGAAAAGUUCUGCCCCAGUUGAAAAACAGACUGCCUUUUUAGAAACUGAUAUCAGGUGAAACUAGUUGAGGUGGUGAGAAUGCUAAUUGCAACAGAGCUUUGUCUACAGCAAUUGCUAAAAGCCUACUGCAUGUUUUAAGAAAAUAAACACUGCGGCUAGGAUCCUGGAAUUUAAAGAAUCCAUCUGCUACAACAGUAUAUUAACUUAACCAAAACCAGAAAUUAAAUAUCAGCCUCCUAAGGAUAACAUACAGAGGAUAAUCCUCCAAUAGUCAUACGGCUCUUGCUCCGGUGAAUAUAUUCCACUGGAACACUUCACUUAAUUACUGACCCUGUUGCAGCAAUUAGUGAUUAUUGAGGCUCAUAUUAACUAAUCACUGUGUAGCAGCUAUUUUGAGCCAGAAAGGAAACUUAAACUUUCCCAAUAGAAUUAUGUAAAAGUAUAUGCUUAUCUAAUACCCUUUAUAGGCUUUACUCAAAGAAUAAUCUAUGUUUUAGAAGAAGAAAACCAAAGAAUCUAUUAUGGGCCCGAUCUACUAAGUGCUUACACUUUUGUUUUAAGAUUUUAGGAAUAAUCUUUGUGAUGAGAAGCUAAAAACUCUCCAACUUAGAAACAUUUGCACUUUUUUAGCUUAUCCAUCUUGCAGAACAGAUAAUUAACUUAUUCAGGCUAGAGUCAUUUAAGAUAAAAGCAAAAAGGCCUUAAAUGUCCUCAGUGUGUUGGAGGUUGGUGAGAACACACUUGCAACAGAUUCUGAGUGCACCUGGCAACAGUUAGUUGCUGUUGGGUAAACAGCCUCUCUAAGUCCUGGAAACCAAUAUCUUGACCCUGGAGAGAAAAAACAAAGAUAUUAGCGCCUGAAUUUUAAAUCGCAUUACGCAUGUCCUGCAUUUCGCGAUUCCACGGUGGAAAUAAACGUAACCUGUACGAGUGUUGCACCGUCAGGACUUCUCAGCUAGUGCCCAAAUGCGCACCAUCGUCUGCCCGGCACCUGUCUUGGUAUAGACGUAAGUAAUACAACUCGGGGAGAUACAGCCGUCUGGUGUGUUAUCCCUGGCCGAUCUCCUAAAAGUUUAUUUAAAAGAAGUAGAGCCUCAGCCCUCUCACCAUACUUCUAGGGAGAAAACCUGACACCCUCCUCUGCCGGAGGCAGGCAAAGAACUAGGGAUGUCUUGGGUAGGAAGCAAUUUAUAAGGCCAAAGGUUAAUUGGGGGAGGUUCUUGAAAAGUUUGGGAGAUUGCCUGCCUGUUUUUUGAAAUCCCAGUUGUAAAGCACUGCCUCUAAUCUGAAGGGAAAAAAUAAUUGAGGGUAAAUGUAUCCAAUUGCAUUGCUAAUGGACCAGGGUUUUUAAAAAUAAUUUGGUGUGCUCCAAUAUUUUGGUUUUAUUUGUGUCCUCAUUUGUCUUUUUUGUUCUUUUUUUCUGUUCAGUGAAACGCCGGCGUGGCGUGAAACAGGAUGCUGUUUUGAGCAAAGACUUUGGAAAGCCAGUGCAGACGGGAAGUGCGUGUUUCAUCAAGGAGUUAAGGAGUAGGAAUUUCCCCAGGUAACCAGAGCUCCUGUUCGUUAUUUGGGCUGUCUAUCCUGGCAUUCUAUCCAUACCUGUUUUAACAAACACUAUCAGGAGCCCUAUGUAUAAGAAAAGAUCAAAGCUAUAACUGGUGCUUUAAUACCAAUAUCUAGCCCAUAUAACUUUAUCUCCUUAUACACGCCUCAUCCCAAGAUUCUGAAAGGGUCAGUGUUUCAUCAGAAAUUUUAUAUGACUUAACACACGAAAAAGUUUUCAUGUGCCGAUAAACAUUAUGUAAGUUGCUUUCUACAUCUUCAUAAAUCUCUGCAUCUUAAAGAAAUGUCAGGAAGAGUCAGAAGAAAAAUAAUAAUAAUAAUAAAUAAAAAAAAAACAGACCUGUAUGAGAUCCAGGCUUGGUUCUGAUUGUCGGCAAUCAUUUUCACAGCCAAUUACAAUUAUUUAUAUUAAACAAGAUUUGUUUAGUGCUAACAAAACAUGUAUGUCAUGUGGGUAACCGUGUGUGAACAGAGCCCUGCCCAGACAAACUUAUGUUCUUUCUAAACUUAUCUUAAAGUCCUCUAUAAAUUGCAAAUAAAUAAGAAAAAAAUAUAUAUUUUUAAAAAGGUAAAAAGUAGAAUCCUAUCUCUAAGUGCAUUUUUAUUUUUUUUAUUUACUUAAAAAGUGGCAAAAUCUACAUAAUCAUGAGCAUUGUAAUUUACUUGUUGUCACUUUUUAAGUAAACAAGUGGAUAUUAUUUAUUUUUAUUUUAUUUAACAUUUUAUAUAUUUAUUAUCCUCCUUCCUCCUUUCCUGUUUUAAACUAAUAGACGGUUUGACCAAUGAUAUUUUUUUGGUUUUUAUUUUUUUUACUAUUUUUUUAUAAUUUUGGCUGUGUGCGUAGUAGGUUUGUUUGGAUUAUUUCCUAUUGGGGGAGGUGCUGCUGCUACUACGUAAAAUAUUCUAUUACUUAUUUUUAUUUUGCGUUUAUUUGUAGAGCUGCUGACUGAGCACCAUUUUAAUAUUGUGUGGUAGAACGUUAAAGGUGUUUUUUGUUUUUGUUUUAAAUGGACUUCAUGUUCUUUUAUCAUAUUCGUAUUCUUGAAACUGAAUUUUGACUUAAAUGUCCAGUGCAGACGAGGUGAUCCUGAAGCCACAGGGAGCUCAGCUUACCGUGGAGUACCUGGAAGAGAACAGCUUUAGUGUCCCAAUUCUUGUCCUGAAGAAGGAUGGGUUAGGGAUGACCCUUCCUCCCCCGUCUUUCACUGUGAAUGAUGUGGAGUAUUAUGUGGGUAUGUUUAGAGCUUUUUUUUAAAAAAAAUUUUUUAUUAUUCUAUAUAAUUCCCUUUUUUUUUUUUCUCAACUUUUUUGUGUUUGUCCCUAAAGGUAUAAAUGUAUUUUCUCUUCCCCGUUACAGGUCCAGAGAAGGAGAUUGACGUAAUUGAUGUAACGAGACAAGCAGAUCUGAAGAUGAAAUUGAAGGAUUUUGUAAAAUAUUACAACAGUCCCAAGAGAGAGAAGGUGUUGAAUGUAAUCAGUUUGGAAUUUUCUGAGACCAGGUCUGUGUUUAUGUUGGAUUACCAUUAUUCCUAACACCCAGAAAAAGUAUUAGUAUUAAACUUUUAUUAAAGAUAGAUCUAAACUUGUUUGCAGAUAUUUAGUUUUACAAUGCAGAUCCAAAUGUUUAUUUUUGCUGUGUUACAUUGAAAACUCAAUAGUUAGAACAACUAUUCCACCUCCCAUACUCCAUUAUUUUUGGAAUAGCAGCAGGAGUGCAUGUUUGGGUAGUGUGUGCUAUUUCAAUUUUGUGGUUGUGGAGUACUUAAACCUAGAAUUUAGGACAAACCUUUUUUGUGGACAUCACAGCUUUAUAAAUGUUGUAUCAUUUCUAAAUACUGAUGUGAUUCCCACAAGCCAUAGGUUUCGGUGUAUUUUAUUUUUAACUAGAUUUCUGCUUUGGCAGGUUAUCUAACUUGGUGGAGACUCCAAAGAUUGUGCGGAAGCUUUCCUGGGUUGAGAACCUUUGGCCAGAAGAAAGCGUGUUUGAGAGGCCUAACGUCCAGAAAUACUGCUUGAUGGGAGUGAAAGACAGCUACACAGAUUUCCACAUUGAUUUUGGAGGGACGUCUGUCUGGUACCAUGUUCUAAAGGUAAAUAUUUUGAAGCAACAGUAUUCAAAUGUCUUCAUCUCAUUAAUGUAUUGACUCCUUAUUUUAUUGGAGCUACACAGUAUUAUCUUGAGUAUAAAAAUUACUUUUAUAAAAUGCACUGUAGAGAGAAGUCCCUUUGAAAUCCCAGUAAUCCUGAAUUGUAUAACAAAAGAUUGGUAGAAGUAAUGAUUUCAUUGAGCCCUAAUAUUCUGUAACCCACUUUAUUUUCCCUUACUCAGGGAGAGAAAAUAUUUUACCUGAUCCAUCCCACCAAAAGCAAUUUGGCUCUGUUUGAAUGUUGGAGCAGCUCCUCCAACCAAAAUGAGAUGUUUUUUGGAGAUCAAGUGGAUAAGUGCUACAGAUGUCCUGUUAAGCAAGGCCAGACGCUCUUCAUCCCUACAGGUGAAUAAUCUUGGACAGGAUAAUGAGCUGGUGCUGUGAUCCUUGUUCUCUGAGUUCCUCCAUUUGCUUUUCGUUGUUUGCUCAGACAACUGUCUUUCUGUUCCACAGGGUGGAUUCACGCCGUGCUCACUCCAGUCGAAUGUCUUGCAUUUGGUGGGAAUUUCCUGCACAGUCUGAACAUAUCCAUGCAGCUAAAGUGAGUAGUGAUGUGUGAAAGAGGAGAGGAAAAAACUCUUCUAACUUCUUCUUUCUUCAGUAUGUGUCUUUAUUCCAUCCACAGUUUUUCUGAUCUGUAAGCACUUGUAAAACAUUUGUGAUUUUAAACAUUUUCUUACCCUAACUUUUUCUGUUUCUUUCCUUCUUUCUCUAGAGCGUAUGAGAUUGAGAAGAAGUUAAGCACUGCUGAUCUAUUUAAGUUUCCAAACUUUGAGUCAAUCUGUUGGUAUGUGGGGAAGCACUUACUAGACACUUUCCGUGGUGAGUCACAUGGGCACAACUUGGUCUUGAUGUACAUAGCACUGUCAUUGGUUGGCUAUUCUUAUGUGACUGUGGUCUGUAUUUCAGUGGUAGGAACAUGGUGAUAUCAACAUUUGUCUUGCUACUAGUUCUCCUUUUGAAAGCUCUUAUAACAUAUAAAGAUGACCUAUUGCGGAAUUCACUGAAUUUUAUGCAAAUUAUUGAGUUCUUUGCUUUCGCCCCAUAUUAUGUGUAUACAGGACUGCGAGAAAACAGGAGACACCCAGCAUCUUAUCUACUUCAUGGAGCCAAAGCCCUUAACACUGCGUUCAGAAUCUGGACAAAGAAGGAGGUGUGCUUUCUCUCUGUCAUACGUGGAAGAUGAUUAGCCUGUAGAAGUGCAUGUUGGAAUUUGCUGCAGAAUUCACAGUUUAACAUUUUUCUGCAUUGCUUACAUGCUAUCAUAUUAGUUUUAAAACAGUACAAUCCUAUGGUGGGAGGGAGUUUCUACCUACUGUAGCAUCCUUAAAAUGUGUACUGGCUUUAGUAGGGUGGGAAGUCCAAUUUUGAUUGGCUAAUGCCUUUCCAGAUUUUUUAAAAUUUCGGAGCAAAAUACUCUUCCACAGAAAUUUUAUUUGAGCUAUUAAUUCCCUCUUACACAUACACACAACACACAUUAAUUCUCAGACUCACAACCCACUGAAUUUGCUUGGAGGCGUCAACAUAUUUUAUAUGUGAAGGAGCCUGAUACAAAAUCUAGUGUCCAUUUAAAUCUAGAAAUGUUCCCCAGGGUGUUUUUUGUAAUGUUACAUCAGAUGUUCUUGUUCCACUUGUCAGUCCUCCUCCAUUUGAUAUAUUUAUCUAUUCUAGGCCUUAAUGGAUCAUGAAGAGGAAAUUCCGGAGACCAUUGUUACAACUCAGCUCAUCAGAGAUCUUGACCGUGAGAUCCGACUGAUGGAGGUAAUAAAAUUUAAUGCGGUGUUCUACCAAGGUUUGCCCUUGUUUUAAUACGAUGCAUUUUGUGUAUUAUCUCUUGGUAAUUUCCAGUCUUUGUUUGUCAUACUUUCUGUGCCCAUAAUGAUAGUGUAUGAAUAAUCUGAAACUUUUUAUCUGUUAAAGGAACACUACACACCCCUAAAUCAGCUUAGCUUGUUGUGUGAAGUGUGUCCAUCCCCCCAUUUUACAAUAAGUGCAGAUUUCAAUAGAAAUUGUCACUUUUAUAAAUUAGGCUUGUUACUCCCCCUGGCUGUCAAUCAGACAACCCAUCCUGUUACUAUCUGGUUGUUUUGCUCAGUGGAACUAAACUCAAGUGGCAAACAAUCUCUCAGAACACCUGCCUUGCAAAGACUUCUCAUGGAGCUGCAUUGGGAAGUCUGUGAUUGGACAGACUUUCUGUGUCGGGGAAAACCUGUUUUGAAGAUAAAUUGCCAAUAAAGUAAAGAAAUGCAUAAUUAAACACACACAUGUUUUCAUUGGGUUAUAUCCACUAACUAGUGUUUAGUGGGGAGGAAGGAGGGUAGGGGCAGCGGAAUGUUCUUUUAAGUAUCAUUUUGAGGGGUGGGAAACUGCUGUGCGCUAAAUAUACAGAAUCUAUGAGACCCUGUAUGUCAACCCGCAGGACAUCUUUCAUCAGAACCUAGAGAAGACAGGCAACCUCUUGGGUCUUACAAGAAGUCCUUUGCCUGGCACCAACUCUCCCUCCAAAACCACCCUUCCAUUAAAGAACUCCAAAAAGAGGGCUUCUAAACCAAAGGAGCCCCUUAAGAAAGGCGGCAGGAAGGGCAAAGAAACGCAAGAAACUAACAGUAACCCUGAAUCACCUGGGACUCCCACAAAUCAGAACCAGAAGAAAGCCGUGACACCCAAGAAAGAAAAGGUAGAUUUCUGUAGAACAAACGGGAGGACAAGUUAUGUCUUGCAUAUAUCCAUCUAUUUAUCUUUCUUCGCUAUUCUUUUCAAACUUCUCCUGGCAGCAUCCCCUGAAUGAUAAAAAAUAUAAAUUUUGCUGGUGGAACCGGAGUUGUCAAUCCUGUCAGGGCUCAAAAUUUCCAUUCUCCCUUAGUCAUUAAUGAGUGAAAAUGUAGAAAUCCACUCUUGGAUGGGUAUUCUAAGGCUUGCAGUGGUGAAUAACGUUUAAGGCCUGACUUGUUGCAUAGGGCUGCAAAUGUUAAGCCCUGAUCCUGUUAUAUGCUUUUCUUUCUGUUAGUCUUUGUUUCUUGUGCGUGUGUGUGUGUGUGUGCGUGCGUGCGUGUGUGAACAUAAGUUCUUUCUCUAUUUCUGUUCCACAGCUUUUUUUUUUUUUGCUUUUUUUUCCUGGCAGUUGGAGUGCCAGAUAUUGGUUGUCACUUGGUAUUCCAGUUACUUUAGAAUACAUGCGGAAAUUGACAGGAAUUUUCCAGGACAUUAUAAAUAUUUGUCCAGAAUAAACCCAAUGUUACUAUUCUCCAAGACAAUCAUAUAACAAGCUCUGCUAUUUUUGGCUUUGAAUUCUUGUAGGGACUGGAUUUAACAGAGGCAUUGGGUGGCAUUAAUAUUAGCCCAUCUGUCACUAAAUACUGCAACUCAUUGAGAUGAGCUCUGUGAAUAAUUUUAUUACAUCACAGCUGUAGUAGUAAUGGCAAAUAAAGUCAGUAAGUUCUGCCUGCACAUUGUUUUAUUAACCUACAUAUUGGUGAUUUCCCAGUUUAAUACAAAUACACGGUAAAAGUAUCAAGCAAUACACUUUUUUUGUUUUCUGUAGAGAUAAUAAAUCUCCACGAUCCUUUAUCUUCCUUUUCUCCCAGAGUUGCAAUUGCCAGAAGUCAUACGCUAUAUUACAGCUGCUCAGCUUUUUUUUUUUUUUUGUUCUGGAGAUUCGGAUUGUGUGGUUAAUUCUCAAUUUCCACAUAUCACUGCUUGCUUGCCCCACUCACCCCUGCAGGAUUUGUGUUCAUGGUGGUCUGAACCUAAAAUUCAGACAUGUUGUACGUAGCAUCUUGAUUACAUCUGAUCUAUAUCUGUCUUGUUUGUUUGGGCGUUAUUCCCCUCUUGCUUCUCUGUACAUUUUUUAUAUAGUUGAUAGUUUUCACUUUUUUCGCCCCUUAUCUUAGGUGGAUGACUCCCUGGAUUUUAUGGAUGAGGACCCACAGGGCUGCCUCUUGGAUGCUGAAAUAGCAGAGAAUAAGCUGAGGCUGGUACUGUCCAAUGGAAACAACAUAGGGUAAUGAGUUUGUACGUCUUCUGUGCUAGAGCACUCAAAAGUAGACCUUAUUUCCUCGGUUGACAGGCCUGAUAUAAUUGCAUUAAACGUAUUUGCUGUUCUUAAGUGAUUUGUGUGCUCUCAAAUCUCUUGCUAGAUAGUCUCUUACUAUCUUGCAAGGCAGCGAGAGUGUCUCUCUUAAUGCUCCUAGUGACAAUAAGCAGAAAACGCCAUCAUGAAAGCAGCUUAUCAGGAAUAAAUUCUUGUGUUUCAAAAAAUAGAAAUACACGAACUAAAGCCUUGCAUAGCAUUUUGAUCUACAUUUAUUUCUGCUAUGGUGGUUUGCUUUUGUUGUAGGUUUUGUUUAGAUGUUUUAGUUUCUCUACAGAACCAAUAUUAAGUUUUUGUGUUUGGGGUAUAUAUGUGUGGCUCAUUACAUUAUACAGAAUAUUGUAAGUUUAUAUUGGAUUUCUGACCAAAAAGCAUGGAAUCCACUGACUUGUACUAUAUCAUUCUCUUAGUGGGAAAAAGGUCCGUGUUGGAGCGGGCAGCAGGCGACUAUUUGCCGCAAAUAAACAACCCAAAAAGGAACAACUCGAAGCAGAUCUGUCCCCGGGAGACCCUUUCGUGAUGGAUUCUGAGGAUGACUUGCAGAUUGAUGAAACGCCACGGAAGGAGAAAAAGCCUGUACUUCCAAAGAGAAAACUCAGCAGUACGUACUCACCAGCAUGUGAUUCCUGCCCAUAGUCCUCCAACAUGGAAUGCUUUAAUCCCUUUCAUGUGGCAAAGAGGCGAGAGAAAUAUUUAUACCUUAUUUAUUCACAAGUAGGUCUUUAACCGCUGUGGAACAUCUCACUAAAGAAUCUUUGGAGUUGUUUCACAAACGGCUGGUGGGUGACCCCCGGGUUAUGUGUAAACUAUUUUAGACUUAAUGACAGAACAUUAGAAAGUUGAAGCUGUAUAGCACUUUAUAGAGUGAGACUUAUUUCCUUGUGAUGAACUGCUUGAAAUAAAGUUGGAGUGCAAAAUAUUUAGGAAAUGCUACCAUUUCAACAAAAUGUAUCCCACAUUAAAAAGUGCCAAUCCUAUCAACUGAUGAUUAUUCACUUUUUAAGUUUAGGUGAUCUUACUGAGUUUUCAUUGUUUAGAAUUCCCUAGAAAGCUACCUCGUGCAAAGCCCUGCUCCGAUCCAAAUCGCGUCAGAGAACCUGGGGAGCUGGAGUUUGAUGUUGAGGUAGGUUAAUAUCCGAGUCGAUCAUAAGUCUUUUCGGCUGUGAUGUAAAUAUUCACAUUUCUGAAUUAUCCAAUCUUUAUUAGGAAGAUUACACAACAGAUGAAGACGUAGAGACAGCUGAUGGAGACCUGGGCGCUAGCAGUGGAGGGAUAUUAGACCUGCUGAAAGCGAGUCGCCAGGUUGGAGGGCCAGACUACUCUGAGCUUGAGUAAGGAAAAUGGAGCAUUUACCAAUAUUAAAAAUUUGGGGCUUUUACCUUUUAUAGUUUAUUUUGUAGCUAGGCAUUUUGUUAAAUAAGUACAUUAUUGUCACAUUUAAAUAGGUCUAUUGUUUUAGUUACAGACACCGUAAUCGACUGUUCUUUGAAUAUAUUGAAUAAUUGUAUCUUAACAGUCCACUAAGUGAAUUCUGGGUGGCAUUAAUUUUAAAUUUGAUGUAAUACCAUAAGUCAAGUUACAACAUUAUAUGAUAUAAAUUUCUAAAUUUACAUUUUUUUUAUUGUCUCUAUCAAUUUUCCCACCUUUUUAAAGGAAUUUUAUUUUUUUGUGCAUGUUUAAUUCUUUAUUACACUCUUUACAAAUAUAUAUUGCUUGCAAUUCUUCCCUAAUAUUAUUCAUAUUUUUCUGUAUAGGGAAGCACCUGCAUCUCCCAGCACACAAGAGGCUAUCCAGGGAAUGCUGUGCAUGGCCAACCUCCAGGCUUCCUCUUCUUGCACUCCUUCCAACCUUCAGGCAUGGUGGGCAGCUGGUCAGGACAAUAGUGCUGGGUUAGGGCUACCACAAGGAGGCGGUAAAGCUGCUGGAAGCAACAGCAAGAGUGGUAGUAAUGGGACAGGUAACAGCAAAGUAAUUCUGCGACCUGGUAAAAGACCUGUAAAGCGGCCGGUACAUCGCAGUAUGGACAGUGAGGACGAAGACAGUACUGAUGAGCAGGAGACUUUGGGUGCCUGCUUUAAGGAUUCUGAAUAUAGUAAGUAUUGACGUGGGUGUUAGAUCCGGUAUCCUUUACUAGGUACUCUAAUUCAUUGAUAUCUCUACAGUGUUUUAAAAAUUAGUUUACAAUAGUUAAUUUUUUUUUCUUCUUUGUAUCAGUGUUGUUUCUCGCUGCCUCUUCUACACUGACAUUGAGCAUCCUUUUCUCUCUUCAGUUUAUCCAUCGCUGGAGUCUGAUGAUGACGACCCGGCGCUGAGAUCACGUCCCAAGAAGAAGAAACAAACUGACGAUGCUCCAUGGAAUCCAAAAGGUACAGAAAAAAAAUUAACCUCUGGGUUGGGACCAAUAUCAUUAGGCUGAUUCACCUUGAUUUGGAACAGUCAUUAGUCAGGCCUCAAUAGUUUUACCUAGCUGGUCUAUCAUUCCAAGCACGCUGAGAACUCUUUUAACCUCUGGAAAGGUUUUACGUUCUUUUAGUAUGUAUUUUCUAUUUAUAUGGUUCUGUAAAUAAAUGAGCAACCAAGCUAACUUUAGAAUAUAGAAUUAGUCCCCAAACCUAGUGUCAUGUGAACAUAUUUUGGGUUUCGGUUAAUAAAGGUUUGGAAUAACGCGCUAUCCCAAAUAUUUAUCAACAUUUUAGCUAAAAAAAAAUCUCCGCUAAAUAGCAAAGUCUUUUCAAAUCGUCUGACUUUUUGCCGUAGGUGGUUUACGGAGACAACCCUUAUAAUGACAUGAAGUUAAACCAUUUAUUGUCAAAGUCAUUGCCUUUUCCAAUACCUCACCUGAAACUCCUCAAAUUACAAAGACGUCUUAUUAAAACUUUCUAUUUACUUCCUUUCCUUAAUAAACACUUUUGAAUGUAUCUUAUUUCUUUGGUUUUCAUUCCAGCACGCGUGACUCCAACACUUCCUAAGCAAGCCCGUCCAGUACGAGAGGGAACACGUGUAGCCUCUGUUGAAACUGGGUUAGCUGUGGCUGCUGCAAGACUCUCCCAGCAGGUGCUUAUCAGCCAGAUCAGACUUUUGGUUCUCUGUCUUGAGUUUCUAGGGCAUGGAGUGUAAGAAAUGCCAUUAGACUUAUUGGUAUUUGUUUUUAUAGGAACAGCAGAAAUCUCUUAAGAAGAAAGUGACUUGUAAGAAGAAAUCACCAAGUGAGCAAGAUCUUCCUCUUCUUCCAGUUGAGCCAGACCCUCCACCAAUGCCACAACCUGAAACCCACACUGAGGUUUUCUCUGGCAGUCUGGCUGACCAUGAAUACACAGCAGGACCCAAUAUUUUUGGUAUGGCUCAGAUAAACAGGGGAACUACGCCUAUGGCACCUGGUGUCUUCUUAUCUCAUCGGCGGCUAUCUGCAUCCUCUCCAGGAAGCCAAGGAGUUCAGGGUAAGAAAUGCAUGGUCUGACCUGUACAUUCUGCUACGCGAGGUGUAGUUCAAAGUGCAUCAGAAUUCUGUGUUUUGGCUCCACCUUUGUAUUGGCAUUUGAUUACUGUCUCUUCAUUUUUUUUUCACUGCAUAUUUUUUUUAAUUUUUUUUUUAAUGGAAUGCAUGUGAAUACCAUGGCAUGUAAGUCCACUUAAAGGGACGCUUUAAACAACAAAACAAUUUUUUUUUUUCUGCAGCCUGACAGGUGUAAACAUUGCCAUUUCUAGAGAAAUGUCAAUGCCUAAUUUUGUAAAAAGAGCUUACCUCUAGUGGAUGUCAGGCUUACAGCUGCUAGAGGAUUUUUAUCUUGAGGACCAUGAAGGUUAUUUUGUUUGGCGUCGUCACACCCAGCAUGAUGACGCUAAAUGCUGACUAUUCUCGUAGAGAAGCAUUGGGAUAAUACUAUUCUAUAAAAAGCAUCCAGUUGGUGGAAUGUUGCAUUCGCUGCCCAUGCACCAUUGGUACCCUAUUCUCUUCUAUAAGAAGCUUUAGAUUGGACCAGAGAGUAUCGGAAUGAUGAUCUCACAGAAGGCGGAGAAGCUUCUGUAAAAAAUAAAUCCUGAAUAUUGUAACACUUAAUAUGUUUAUAAUGUCAGUGGUCCUUUAAGCAGCAUAGCUUACUUUGCAUUUCAUAUAUCAAGUUUUGAUUUCAAACUUGAUUCAGUCCAAUCCUUUAUUUGAGGUAAGAGAGCCUUCAUGGUUAUUUUGUAAUGGCGUUGUGAAUGUACUUGUACGAAGGCAAAAUAACAAAAUUCUUUACUUCUCAAUUCCAGGAAAACGGCCCAAGAAAGGCUUGGCUACUGCUAAGCAAAGGCUGGGGAAGAUCCUGAAAAUCCACCGGAAUGGGAAACUGCUCCUGCUGUGACCCCCUCCAUCCCAUUUGCUUCAAACCCUUACCUCUUCCUUCCCAGCCUCGUUGAAAUUAUCCAGCACCGGGUUAAACUAGCUCAGAACAGAUUCUUACCUGCAAUGAACACUUAUUUUUAUACUUUCAAACACAAAAAUCAAGUCUUUUACACCGCCACCUAUGAAAAACAAACCAAAAAGACUAUGUUCUUCUGGGGCAUCUUCAAGAGACGUUUGUUGGAUGGUUCACCAAACAAAAACUCAUUUCUCAAUAGCCUGGUGUGUGUCCUGGGUAAUAGACUGUGGCUUUUUUUCCUGCGUUGCCCUCUGCAUUACUCACAUGUUGUAUACAAUGGCGUGGACACUUAGUGGCAGAUUUAGGUAUUUACAAAACCUAGAGAGCGGAAGCCUUAGCAAAAACUUAAUUUGGUUCAGUAACGUUUUAUAGCCAGAUUUUCCAAGAUUGGUUAGUAAAUUUGUGCAGUCUAAAGCCACCUCAUCCCUGCCCCCCACCCCACUACUCUAAAAUUGUUUCCAAAAGGGUAAAUUUACUCUGUUGAACUACACCAACGUAAGGUGAUCUAUGUGAGACACAAGCUGUGUUAUCCACGCUUGUACCAGUGAACUUGUAAUGACAACAACUAUGGUGUGCCUGCCACCAAGCAAGCUACUUUUAUUCCCAGUGAUUUUUGGCUUGUUCCUGCCCAUAGCUUCCUGAUUGGAGCAAUAUCAGAGAGCUUUGCAAAUGGAGUCAUGCAACCUUAUCUGCAAGGACCUAUCUGUACAAUGUACAUUAGCGACAGACCGGUCCAAUUGUGCGCUCUCUUCCCAAUAAUUGCACUUGGAAUGGAAAAUCCUUUAUCUGAAGACUGUAAGGCCACCGUUACUGCAUAUGAAGUAUCCCAAGAAGGACAAGUGAAGGAUCGAUACAGCAGUAUCAGACUGAACCAUAAGCCUGCAGAAACGUCUCACUGCCUGUAGUGCAAAAUUUAGUGCACAGCCCACUCCUGUGCAAGGUUGACUGAACACAAUGCUGUCACGUUGUGAUGUUAAAAGUGGUUUGACCUGCAUUGUUGGAAAUCUUUUUAAAGGUGUCCCAUGUUUUUAUCUUGCUGUCCAAUCCUUGAUUUCUUUGAAUUGUGGGUACAUUUCUCAAGUGAGGUGUAGCAGUAACUAGUCUUCUGGGUGGAAGGAAGGUGAUGGACUGGCAUGGAUAUAAGAGGGGAUGCAAAAAGACUUGUCUAAAUUUAUAAUGGUGUAAUCUUAAAGCAGCAGUACUUGGUAGUUGUUAUAAAGGGUUAACAUUACUCUCCACAUUGUUAUAUUAUGAUAUUCAUAAGAAUUUUCCCACCCUUUUUACUACAGCCAUCUGUUGUGUGAUGCAGUACACAACGACGACUUAAAGGGGCACUGAAGGCAAUCAGACCACUUCAUUUCAAUGAAGUGGUCUGGGUGCAGUGUCCAUCUCUAAGCCUGUAGUGUAAAACACGGCAAUGCUUACAUUGCAGCGCUAACAUGUUUCUAAUUGCAGUCGGGAAGACAGCACUUCCUCUGCUACAGUCAAACUCGGUAAUGGAUUAAAUCCUGUAUUUUGUGCUCUUGUGGAAGGAUACUGAUCAAACCUGAAAGGAAUAGCUUCAGAUUAACAUUCUUUGAAGGAGUUGUUCAAAGGUUAAAUGAGGAUGGAAGUUCUCUACACUUCACUUGAUUGCGCAGAAACCCCAAAUAACCCGAUUUAAAGUUACACUACGGGCACCAUAGCAACUGAAUCUGAAUUAAGAUGUUAGGGUGUCCAGAGGUCCUUGCGGUGGUUUACUUUUAGGGCUUAAACCAUUAACAGAUGGUUUAACCCCAAAGUGUUGAUUCUAGCUCUGCCCCUCUCCUACUGUUUUUGUCUGAGGCUUGAAUUAAAUGGCUUUGGAUAGAGGCACCAGAGACUUCAUUCUGAUGAAGGGUCCCUAUAACUCAAUUUAGAGAGGUAUCUGACACACCUGAACCCCUUAAGGACCAAACUUCUGGAAUAAAAGGGAAUCCUGACAAGUCACACGUCAUGUGUCCUUAAGGGGUUAAAAGAGAAUAAAAAGCAAACACGUCUUUAAAACUCCAUUAAAAAUCAGAGUAAUAGCAACACCAUUGCUAAUUUAUUCUGUCACAGUAGACCCAGAUUUUAUAGAGUGGUCCACUUUUUGACAGUUUUUUUUUUUUUUUUUCUCCUAAGCCACAUUUCCACUAGAGAAGUACAGAUAAGUGCUUCAGUGUUUUUACUUAUUUUUUUGUGCAUUGGGACAUACUGCCCAAGUUACAUACUCUUAAAACUGCAAAUUUUCUUUAUACAUUGGCGUUAAUCGGAGAGGCUUGUAAAUAAUUGCUGACCUGCAAAAAAUCUUCUUUCUUUCUUAUCUUAUUGUAAAUAGAGAUGAGUGAAUUUUUUUACUCUGCUCUAAUCCUUUGCACAUCACUUUCUAAUGGUAAAAUGUUAUUUAUUUAUUUUAAACAUUUUUCCUGCCACUUCCAAUUGGGCAUAUGAUUUUUGAUUCAUAUAAGGCAGCAAUUUCUGUUUUGCCCACUUCCCUAGUACUCUGUUAAAGAUACAAUCUUGGUGACCUACAGUAAUAAAACAGUCUUGUCGUUUUUUUUCCCCGUUGUUAUAUAAAAGUGAAGGUUUGAAUAGAAGACAGCAUUUUUAUGAAUGUAAAUCCAUAACUUCCUAGUUGGUUAGCUCAGUAGAGGUGCUCUGUUUUAGAACGUAUUGAGAAGUGUGUGAUUGGACACGCACAGAAAGUAUGGGCUGAGUAACAAGGGGAGGGCUUGCAGUUACUAAACUACAGCUAUUGCAGGCCAAGAUUUCAUAUACCCCACAAAGCAAAAAACAAAAUUACAUGCAAAUUGUCUUCGUGGGGGAUCUACUAUUUUAUUUUAUUUUUUAGGAGUCUUCCAUUAAGUGUGAUGAAACUUGUCAGUUUUGUAUUUCUUUACAGAUAUCCUGCAUUUUGUAGAAAUCAGCUACUAUGAGUUAUGGAUUGACAUCAAGAAAACACUUGAUACUUUAAGCAUGAGUAGUUCUAAAAUAACUUUAUCUAUAUCCAAUAGAGCUUGGUUAUUCAGAAGAAAUCCCAUAAAGUAAUUUUCCAUAAUUUGCCUGUACUAGUAAUUCUAGGUAUUUAGCAGGAACAAUAGAUUUAAAAAAUUCCCUUAUUUUCAAAUAUGUCCCAGGACAUAGAUGUCCUUAUCAUUCUUCGUAUCUUUGUAUAAUUUACUGAGUUCUUUCACUUUAAAUCUACAUCUGUUCUUUUGUAAAAAAUAAUAUAAAGUUUAAUUCGAGCAUUGAUAGUCAUCCUUGUUAAUGCAUGAGGACGUCCAGUGUCAGGCAACCAAAAGUCGUCUAGCAACUCAGAUGUCCCUCUAGUGGCUGUCUGGUAGACGUCCAUUAGAGGUGGAGUUAACCCUCACACGUAAUUAUUACAGUUUGUUUAAAACUGCAGUAAUUACCUUUGCAGUGUUAAGGGGCCAUGCACCCAGAACACUUCAAUGAGCUGAAGUGGUCUGGGUGCCUACAGUGUCCCUUUAAUAAGGGAAUUGGAAAUUUGGAGGUAAAACCAGCCACAGUGGAAGAAAUUCUCCAAAUACAGUAGGACGCUUUUUUUUUUGUCUGUCUCUUGCCAUUUACCUGUCAAUUAUCUGCAUUUCCAAGUUAUGCACUUAUUCCACUAGAUUUCUACAGUCACUUAUGAAAUUGUCCACCGAGUUCAAGUGAAGCUCAUAUACUCACUGUUUGUGUUCUGGAAUUUUGCACUUGUACACUUACGUUUGUCUGUUUGUAUAUAUAUUUCAAAAAUGUCUUACUGUAAAGUACUGCUGCUUUAAGAUGAUUAAUCCUACUGCCAACUUGUCGUAACAAGAAAGGGAAAAUGCAUUAUUUUAAUUUUGUCUGCCCAGCUCCCCUAUUCAUUCCACUGUUUUGGCUCAGGAAGACAUCAGCAAAUGAAAACAUAUGGUUUACACUAGCCAUGGGAAGGUUACUUUUUGUAUUAUUAAUUGUAAGUUUUGGGAGGUAUGGGGGGCUUUUUUGGACACACAAAAGAAGAUUUUUAAAAAAAAAAUAAUUUUAAUUUUAUUUUUGUUUGCUGAAGCAGCUUUGCAGAUGUGUGGGUUCUUCUAACUGCAUUUGCAGCUGCAGCUAUGUUUGAGAGCUCUUAAAGCUACUUUUUUUUAUUUGUCCUGGUUUCUGUUUACUUAUAUUAUUUAUAUAUAUUUUUAGAAAGCCUUGUUCUUUUCUUAGAUAUAAAAGUAUGCAGCUGCCUCCUUGUGCUUUUGUCGUGUGUCUGCCAUCAUCAAUUACUGAAAUUGUAGAAAAGAUGAAAAAAAACAAAACACCACCACGCAACUCAGAACUACAGCGCUAUGGCAUUUGCUGGCGCUAUGUAAAUAAUAAAAUAAUAACCAGAAGGGAAGCUCGCCUAACCAAGGCCUUGAUUUAAUAAGCUUUCCAAAUGAUUCGUUGAUUUCAAAUUAUUUAACUACAAAAAGUCCCAUAGAUUUUAAUGGUGACGGCUAUAGACAAAACCAUUUGAAAUGUUUUUGUUAACCCCAUUGAAUCAUUUUUGAAAAGUUUAUUAACUCGAAGCCCAAGUGCAUAUUCUUUGGGUGCUGUAGAAUUGACUGAUUAUAUAAAACAAGGGUUGUCACACGACAUAUCAUAUAUAACAUCUUUGAAUUUAUUUUUUUUUAAAUUAAGAGGCAUAACAAACCAUGCAUUUUAGUAACUAGUUUUCAGAAGUGUAACAUCCAAAUUAAACCUUUUAAUGAAACAUUUUAUUUUUAUUAAAACAUAACCAAAUGACAGUCAGUAAUAGUUCAGCAUGACUGCCUUUACUACCAUUAAGUCUUUCCUAUAUUCUUAAACCUGAGCAUGAUGUUGCCCCAGGCGCAAAACAACCCCCAUGGCACUUACGCACAAAUAAAAAGGGGGGAUUUUUACAGCUUAGACAAAGUCCCCCAGUACCUGCGGUGUCAUCAAAUUCUGCCCACAGACAAACUUCACAAAGAAGAGAUGACAUGACAAUGUUUUAACCCUUCCAUUACUGCCAUAUAUUUGCUGCCACCAUGCUUAAAGGACCACUAUAGGCUCCCAGACCACUUCAGCUCAAUGAAGUGGUCUGGGUGCCAGGUCCAUCUAGUUUUAACCCUGCAGCUGAAAACUGCUAUGUUUCACUGAGAGUUAAUCCAGACACGUGUGGCUGUCUCACUGACAGCCACUAGAGGUCGCUUCCACGAUUCUCCCUGUGAAAAUCACAGUGAGAAGACACUGGAUGUCCAUAGGAAAAUAUUGAGUAAUGCUUUCCUAUAAGCGGUUUGAAUGCGUGCGUGGCUCUGGAGAAAGGUAAGUGGCUGAAGGGGGUUUUAACUCCUUCAGCCCAGAGGGUGGGGAGACAUAAUAAUCCUAUAGUGCCAGGAAAACGAGUUUGUUUCCCUGGCACUAUAGUGGUCCUUUAAUGGCUGCGGCAUUUAUUUUUGAAAAUUGGUAAUUCAGGCAAACGUUUACAAACAGGUGGGAGUUGUGGAUGUAUGGGCCUUAAAGGGACACUGUAGGCACUAUAACAAUUUUAUUGAAUUGGUUAUAGUGCCUUGAAUCCCCUGUUGCUUCAGUGUUAAACCAUUUUCGAGCCGUUUAGCACUGAGUGAGGGUCCCUGUUUUCCUAAUGCCCCCACUGGAGGUAGGGAUAUGGUAGAGAUUACACACUUCCUUGACGUAAUACUGAUUCAUACCUAAAUAUGUACUGUGAUGGGCUGAAAACGGUCUGCUAACAGUCAAUUUUAAGGUCUGUUGAAAUUAGCAAAGCACACUGUUACAUUAUAAAGCUUAGAAGGACUCUUUGGGCAUCAAACCAAGCAGUUUUCAUGUAUAGAUCAUGCCGCACAGUCUUACCGCUUAAUUCUCUACCAUUUAGGAGUUUUUGUUUGUUUGUGCAACUCUAGCUACACCUCUACUGACUGUGACUGACACAGCCUGCAUGAAAAAAAAAUUUUUCACGUUCACCAGAUGUUUACUUGCUUUAGACGUUUUUAUCUCCUGCUCUGGAAAUUUAACUUUAAUCACACAGAAGGCUCCUGCAGGCCUUAUGCAGCUAUUAACAGUGCAGAAGAUAAGAUAUUCUAAAUUAAACAGAAUGUGCAAUAAAGUUUAAACAUUAGAUGUUUCUUUACAGGAAGGGUCUAGGAAGGCUAUGUAAGUCACGUGCAGGGAGG